CCUUCCCCCACCCGCCAACACCCUGGUGCUCCUAGUUGUUUCUGAAAAAAACCAUAAAACGCGAAACGCGCCCAUAACCAGAAAACUCGUUCAAAAUGGCUGCUAUGACAGAUGUGAGAGACUACGGUUCCAUUACGUUGGACCAGGGUCUCGAAAAAGUUACUAUUCUUGCUGGUCAUUCGGCCGAUUACACAUCUGUGACUUUUCAAAUUCAAAAGGAAGACCAUACACUGGGAAACGCUCUCCGGUACAUGAUCAUGAAGAACCCUGAUGUCGAGUUUUGUGGUUAUUCUAUUCCUCACCCUUCUGAGGCAAAAAUGAAUCUUCGUAUUCAAACAAAAUCUACUACAACUGCUAUUGAUGCACUGAAGAAGGGUCUGGACGACUUGAUGGAUUUGUGUGAUGUGGUAACCGAAUCCUUCAAUGAGCAGCUGUCCGAAAGCACAUCUUCUAUGCAAGUUGAUUAAUUUUUUUGUCUUAAAAUAUAUUAAGGGCGUUGGGUAUACUAA